AUGGCAUCCACAGCCGGCGGGUUGGCUCGGCUCCAGCUCCGUUCCUUUGUGCCAAAGGGAGGCAUCACCUCGACACCUUCGUGCUCCUACUCCACGGCUGCCUACCGAGGAGCAGCGAAGGCAACCCAUCAAUCGCAUCAAUCCGGUCGAUCCAAGCUGCCUCGCAAGCGUAGUUUCGGCGGCUCCGCCGCCAAUUCCAGCUCUUGGCCGGCGGGAGCGGUGGAAACAGCCGACGCCGACGAGUCAUCAUCGUCUCCAUCCUCUUCGAAGCUUGGCAAAGGCAAAGCAAAGGCGCUCACCUCCAUCCCCUCCCCACCUCGCAGCAAGACGAUCGCCGACCUUCACGCUCUCAAGCAUCAUCCAGACGGCAGUAUUCCCAUUGUCUGUCUUACGGCCUACGAUUUCCCCACUGCUCUGUCAGUUCGAUCCUCCGACAUCGACCUUUGUCUCAUCGGAGACUCGCUCGCCAAUGUCGCCCUUGGCUUCACCUCGACUCAGCCGUUGUCGCUCGACGCCAUGAUUCAUCACUGCCAGGCAGUCAAGCGUGGUCUCGAUGCACCCCUCUUCUCCACCGCCAGCCUGCUCGACGGCAUUGACCUACCGCAACCCCCGCUCGUCAUUGCAGACAUGCCCUUCGGUGGAACUUUUGGCUCCGUCGACUCAGGCGUAGCUGCUGUCGUGCGUCUGAUGCAAGAGACAGGCAUCGACGGUAUCAAGAUCGAAGGCUCAUACGAAGCUGUCCCGCUCAUCAGACGUCUGACAGAACACGGCAUCCCAGUCAUGGGUCAUCUCGGUCUGCAGCCGCAGCGAGUUGGCUCGACAUCAGGAUAUCGUCUCCAAGGCAGGACAGCUCAGCAGGCUAAGGAGAUCCUCGACGCUUCCCUGGCUCUCGAGCAAGCCGGAUGCUUUUCGAUCGUACUCGAAUGCAUCCCGACCAGGGUCGGAGAGCUCAUCAGCCAGCGACUCAGCAUCCCAACCAUUGGCAUCGGAGCCGGCAGCAAGACCGACGGCCAGAUUCUCGUCAUGAACGACAUGAUUGGCGAUUUGACGGGCGCAGGCCACGUGUUGGCUGCUUUAGCUCAAGCUCCAGCUCGAGCUCUGCCAACUCAAGACGGCCAGGAACCCGAUGCAACUACCCCGCAACACAGCCCUCUGACUCCACCAGCACCCAAAUUUGUUCGCAACUUCAGCCUGCAACACGGAACGUCGAUCGGAGCACUGAGAAUGGCAGCUGUGCAGGCCUAUACACAAGCUGUCAGACAUCGGCAAUUCCCGGACGACGGUGUGGAAGCCUACAAGAUGAAAUCGGAGGAAUGGAAGGCUUUUCAGGAGCUCGCGAGACCCACCACGCCCACAAAGGCCUAG